UUUCGUAGAGGUCGUAGGAAUGCUUAAACACACAAUUAGAAUAGAUGCUGCCCGGUUCGUAGUUGGUAGGUUCUUGCGACUGUUUUUUUUUCUUUAUCUUCUGUUCACAUUUGUCAUCGUAGCGUUGCAAAUAUAAAAACAUUCAUACGCACAGCGAGUUUUAACGUGCUUUUAUCUUACGACAUUAACGGUCUUAUAAAACACAAGUUUGUUAAACUUGCAAUUUUUAUAACAUUUAUGGCAUGUUCAGCGGUGACUCUCUCUCUGGCCACAAUCGCAGCAGUGGUUGCUGUGGCUUGUUUAGCCAUAGCUUUUGGCACGGACAACUGGUACGAGAUUAGGGUUAACAGAACUUUCAUUCGCGAAAGGCUGGAGGGAAACGAAAUAGCACUGAAAGAACUCGAGGAAGACAUGAGAUACUUCAAUCGUGAUGAGGGCUUAUUUAGAAUAUGCUUCCCAGAUCAAAAACCCCUAAAUGUCAAGACGUACAUAUCUCCAGUGCAGACGGAGUGCGUGAACAUCGACUACUACAUCCCGGACAACGAAAUAUCAGACACUUUCUCCGAUACCCGAUGGGCCAGACUACACAUGGCACGUUCCGUGAUUGGAUUGUACAUCACGGCAUUCUUCCUUAUCUUCCUCUCAUUUUUCACUGGUGUGGCCGGAUGCUGGAAGCGUUCCCAUGGAAAUGUCGUAGCAACUGGUCUGUUAGAACUUCUCGUCUCUCUCGUCGCUGCGGGUGCAAUGGGGCUGUGGCAUGGAGUUAACUAUUUCGAUUAUCAGAAACUUCAGGACAAAAUGUCGUAUUUCGAAUGGCCAGAUAUUCUGAAGCAACCAGGACAAACUAAAUAUUAUCAUGGCUGGUCUUAUAUACUCGCAUGGAUUGGCGUGGGAACGAAUCUCAUUUCCGCCAUCUUGUUUCUCUGUGGUGCUCGUUGCUUACGUAAAGAGAAGAAAAUUGAACAAGCUAAGAACAUGCAGUACCUAAUGCCUGUGUACCCUGACAAAAGACAACAAUAUGGCUAUGGCUACGGAUAUCCUGGUCCUUACUAUCAGUACAGUUAUGGAUACUAAGAAUAAUACAGUAUCAGAAGAACGAAAUCUGGAUAUGAACACUGCUUGCCAUUCUGAAAUUAAUUACAGCGUCAUCUAGUGGUUGAAGAUAAUAUUUGGCUUUUGUGCCAUAUUAAUUAGGUUAUAAACUUAAACAUAAAAUGCCUUAGAAGGUAUUGAGAUUUUUGUUUCUAUAAAAGAAAUUUGGAAUAACCGUACUUUUGGAAUGGUAAGUCAAAAAAUAGAUGGAAUAUUUAAAAAUUGUUUCGGAUUUUCAAAAAUAUUCAACUUAAAAUAUAAAGAAAAAAAAGUUGUUCACUGUGAAAUUUUUAAUCUUUUUGUAGUUAUUGGAAAAUUUCCAACAGAAUCAAAAGAGUUGGAGCAAUAACAGUUUGAUUUAUUAUUAAGAGAUUUGCAUGUGAUGAAUAGAAGAAUACAUCGAAUGGUUCACCAUCUGCAGGUGGUGCUGUAUAUACUUUGUUAGUUUUUAAGGUGGUAUUUUUUUACAUACUUGUUCUUUAUGAUCUAUAAAACAACAGACUGAAAAUACAAAUGAAACAAUGUACUGAAAUAUAAUUUUUUUAGAUCUGUACAAGUUCAUUGCAUAAGUCGGUAAACUCAAAGUAACGUAUGUAAUCUAUAUCUAUAUAUAUAUACGCGCGUGCACACACACACACACAUAUAUAGUUUUGGGCAGUAUUUUAUACAUAUAUUUUUACAAAGAGGCAUCUUUUUCUAAUUUCAUUUGUUUUAUAUGAAUCUUGUGUAUAUGUUUAUCUUAUAUUAAAGUGCAAUUGUACUUUUCACUAUAUUCAAGAAAGAUUAACCAAAAUAUCGUGUAUUACGAAGGUAUAUUUUUCAGUGAAAAUACACUGAUGGGAUUUUAAUAAUGUAUACUUAAUUAGUUAUAUUUGAAUAAACCUGCCAAAGUUAACGUGGUAACCUUCAAUGCAUAAAACUGAACUUAAACUGGUCAUACUGAAAAAAACGUGAACGUUCUUAGUAGAGGCUUGUAUUUUAAACCGUUAAAAUACGUCUUCAAAUUCACUGUUUUGAUAUUCACCAAUAAAACGUAUCAAUAUUUAGAUUCCUGUAAAAAUAUUCGAUUAUCAAACAAACGUAUACCAACAAAAACAAUUGUGGUGAUAUGUAUCUGUAGUUGGUUAACUUGUCUUAAUACACGUGUCUCUAAU